AUGCGAGCCACGUACGGCAUAAGCUACCAACGUUCAUUACAGCAAGCAUCAAAGCAGAAUUUUGCUUUAUUUUGUUUAUUUUUAAUAGAUAGAGCUGUGUUUGUGUAUAAAAUGUCCAAUUCACGGCCACUAACUCAAGCGGAGUUAGAAGAAAUUGUGGCAAAUAUAAGCAAUCAAGAAUACUGUGCUUCUGACUAUGGCGGUGAUGAUGAUGCAGAGGAUGACUUGCCACCUGAAACCCCCACUUCAUCCAGAUCAUCUUCAGUACGAUGGUCUUCAGGUUCACCUUCGGUUCUUCUUGAUUCUCAGCCUGGUCCAUCGUACACAACUGGCUUGAGAAAAAAAUUACUUGCAGAGAUUCCGCCACAAAGCCUAUUUGGUUGUGGACCAAACCAAUCAGAUUCGGUUGCCUCGGGAGAAAUAUCUGUAUACAAAUGGAAAGAUCGGGGUGUCAAAAGCGUAGCUGGAGCUAGUAAUCGACAUAACUUCCUGGAAAAAACAGAAGUUUUACGCACCAACAAAACAGGUCAACGGGAUAAUGUAACGUGUCCCAAAGCUAUCCCGGAUUAUAACAUCCAUAUGGGAGGCGUUGAUCUGUUCGACCAGUAUCAUGAAAAUUAUUCCACAUUAUGGAAAUCCCGACGGUGGUGGAUAAAAUUUUUUUAUUACUUACUAGAUGCUUCAAUAGUAAAUAGUUAUGUUCUCUACAAGGAAACACUUAAAUCAAAAAACCCUAGUGCAAAACCCCUAACAGCUUUACAGUUUCGACUGUUUUGCACCUUACCAUACGAAAUAAAAAAUAUUUAA